AUGGCACCUCCGAGCGGAGCAGCCUCAUACAAGAAGAAAGACGGCGCCUUGACGCUGAGCCAAGAUGAGGAAUCACUCACCUGGAACCCGAGUACCGGUGGUGCCGCAGCUUUGACGAUUCCUGUGUCCAGAAUCACAAAUUUACAGCAGACCCCCGCAACGGCUGCCAAGGUGAUGCUGAAGAUUUUCGCACUGGCUGCAGAUGCUCCUCCGAACGGCACACCGGACACGUACACCUUCCAGUUCACAGCCGGGGCAGACGCCCGCCCUCAGGCUGAUGCUAUUAAAGAUGCGCUUAGCGCCCGAGUUAAUGCGGGAAAAGCGGGGACGCCGUCAGCGGCGACACCGACGCCUGGUGGUAGUGGAGGAGGCAUUUCGGCGGCGAUGGCAAUCGCGAAUGCUGUUUCCUCGGCCGCCGCAGCGAAGAACCCGUGGGACGACGAUAACCGGCUCAAGGGCGACGUGGAGCUUCAGCAGUCACUGUUGAAGGCAGACCCUGCGUUACAAAAGAUGUUCAUGGAGUCUAUGAAGACCAAACCGGAGAAGUUGACAUCCGGCCAGUUCAUGUCGCAGUUCUGGUCUACUCGACUCCAUCUCCUUCGAGCGCACGCUAUCGAACGCGCCCAGACCCGCGGCUCGUAUAACGUCCUAUCUUCACUGAAGCCGCGCGUGGAAGACAAUGUGACCAGGCUGAAUAUCAGCAAGGAGCAAAUCCAGCUUAUUUUUACGCAGCACCCGCUCGUCAAACGUGUGUACGAUGAGAAUGUUCCCAAGCUCAGCGAGCAGCAGUUCUGGUCACGGUUCUUCCAAAGUCGACUGUUCAAAAAGCUGCGUGGCGAGCGUAUCGGAGAAGCAGAUGCCACUGACGCCGUUCUGGACAAGUAUCUCCGAGACGAAAACCCAGAUGCGAACCGCGAGACUAAUGUCCCGCACUUUCUGGAUAUGGCUGCAAAUGAAAGCCAUCACAGUCAGCGCCGUGGAAAUCGGCCUGAUCUUGACAUGCGUCCCUCUGGCGUGGACAAGGUGCCCAUCAUUCGCACCUUGAAUAGUCUGAGUGAGAAAAUCAUGGCCAACGUCGCGCCCGCCGAUGGGGAUAUGAGUGCUCCAAUUGGCAUGGACGAAGAGGCUUUCAAGGAGCUCCAGCUACAAGACCUUCGCGGUGACGAGGCACAGUCUCGUAUCACGUUAAACAUCCGCGAUCAAAAUCGCUUCUUCUCUCAGGCCCAGGAGGACGACCAGAACAAGGCGUUUGCCCAGCAGGACCCGGACCUGAUUCUACAGAAGCUCCGCGCGGAGAUUACGCAAAGUCUCCCGCUUGGUGGCAGUGCACCGCUCCAGAAGCUUGUGGACCCUGAAGACGAUGAAGACGAGGAAAUGGAAGAUGCACCAGCCAGUCGACGCCCAGUUGGAUCAUCUGCAGCUCUACACGACGCAUUCUCCCAGAUCCUCGGUGCUGUGCGCGAGCGACGGACUCAGAUGAGCGAGGCCUCGGCGUCCGACACCUUCGGUCUCUCGAUAGGAAUCUACGACCGAUUGACACUGACACAUGCGACCUCCACCGAAUUUCUGCACCAGUUCUGGCAGGCAUUCCUGUCAGGAAAUCCGGACCGGGCCGGAGAAGUUGCGUCGCUAUCGGAGUCUCUAGACCGUGCAUUGGAACGCAUACAGGUGGUGGCAAAAGACGCAGAAGCAGAGCGACAGGUUGAGGUAGAAAAACUCAAAAACCACGCGCGCGAUGUAUAUCAACAGACCUCAAAAAGAAUCAGGGUCAACCUGGACGCUGUGGAGGGCGGCGCCCAAAUCGUGAACCAAUUGCUUGGUCCCACGAUACACGCCUUGCAGCAGGCCCUGGGGAAGUAUAACCAGGCAUUAAAGGAGGAGAUGGCGAGAGAAUCCGCCGGUAUGGCUUUGUAG